AUGAGCAUUAUAAUCGAUCCUUGCGAUUCCCUGGUUCAUGAACAUGUCCAUAUUUGGAUUCGUGAUCUAGAACCGAACACAAUAUACAGAGUUGAGCUCAGACUACUUCACCCUAUAGGAAUUUACCGUUCCUUCGGUGUUUUUAAAACUAAUGCAAUUGGCGUCAUCGAUCUUUCGAAAGAUAGUCCAAUACGAGGAACAUAUGCAGGUGUCCGUCGAAUGGGACUGUUUGAAAGUGUUGAGCCUACUGACACAAUUCGUCAAGGAGCAUAUUGUAAAUGCACACCUCCUGAUGAUUUCAACUAUGAACUUAGAGUUACAAGCUCGGACGGUGUUCUUCGUUGCUCGAAAACAUUGAAAAAAAGAUUACUCCACCCAAACGUUGAGCGCAUUGAAAUCGAUCAUCUCGUCAGCGACACGGAAGGAACAUCAUCAGUGAUCAAUUCGCGAAAAGUUGUUGGAACGCUGUUCAAGCCAUUUGGGGAUGGUCCGUUUCCAGCAGUCAUCGAUAUAUCUGGAACUGGUGGGGGAAUUAAUGAGCAAAAAGGUGCGGCAUUAUCAAGUCGUGGUUUUUGUGUUCUCAGUUUAGCAUUUUUUCAAUACAAAAAUUUACCAGAAGUAAUGCAAAAAGUCGAUGUUCAAUAUUUUGAGGAUGCUAUCGAUUUUAUGCGUUCACUACCAUUCACAACUGACAAAAUUGGAUUUCAAGGAGUUUCUUUUGGUGGAACACUCGCCAUAUAUUUAAGCACAUUGAUCCCAACAAUUAAAGCAGUGGUUUCAAUCAACGGAUCAUAUAGCAUGGAUAACAUAUCAUACAUCACGGUUCACGGCGAAAUGCCAAAGGUUGCAGUGUUUCCACAAGACGGGAAGAACUUGUAUUUCUUGAAUAGUUUGAUGUGUUAUGACAAGAUGGUUCGAAAUCUUGAAUACAAUUCCGAUGCGCGGUUCAAAUUGGAAAAUUCGUCACCUGAAACGGUUUAUCGAUUUGUUUCGUCUUUGGAUGACCUUUCAACUCCAACUAUUUAUGCAACAAACCUUCUAACUGCAAAACUGAAAAAAUUAAAACGCGAUUAUGAGGUUCACUUUUUACCUGGAGGACACUUAAUGGAUCCACCGUGCUAUCCAGCUCAUCCCACAGUAUUUGCGAAAUUUGCAGGCAUGCAUCAAGCUUAUGGUGGAGAUUUUGCUUUACACGGAAAGAGCCAAUUCGAAGCAUGGGAAGCAACUGUCGCAUUCUUUAAGAAACAUUUGUCUUCUGACGGCUCAUCAUUUACAACCACAUCAAAAAUUUAA